GCAGGCAGGCGUAUUUGACAGGUCGGUGUCGCCCACCCGGCCACUCUGUCCGCUGUGCACUUGCUGUAUAUACACACGUAUAAUGAAUGCCCGAUUGAUACCCCCAUCAACUGGAAGUUGAUGAGGUUAACACCGCCAUCAUCUCUCCUCCCCUCUCCGCUAUCCCGCCCUCGCCCCCAGGUCUACAGACCUCCCUUUCGGCACACCCAACUGUUCUUAACAUUUGUCCUCAAAACUCGUCUGCGAACACCGGCUGGCAGGCACAUUCUAUUUCAAAGGGAUUCUGAGGCUAAUGUGGGAUUUAACCCGCGUGCCCUUACUCACCAGGCAUCUCCCGAAAGACACGGGCUGGCAGUUUAAUUUAUGGAGCUGCACACGUCGUUUUUGGAAUAUUUGCAUCUUCUGAGCUCCGAGACUCCCGACAAGCGAAGCUGCACGAAAAACGCACGUGCGGUGCGCGUGUCCCUCUGAGGCCUCCGUAAAGGGAAGGGAGGUUUACUUUUCUGGGAUUUGGAGGUCUGUUGGCAGCACAUAUGGGAAACACAAGCAGUGAACGAGGAGGGUUGGAGCGCCAUGGAGAACAUAAGUCUCACCGUAGAGACAGCAGGGGUCCCUAUGGUAAAGAGGGGGAUCGUCCAAAGAUACUCAUGGAUAGUCCAGAGGAUGCAGACUACCAUGGAGAGGACAUGAAGGCACCCCAGGAGAAGGAUGAAUUUCUUGCCUGGCAACAUGACUUGGAGGUGAAUGACAAAGCACCAGCCCAGGCCAGGCCAACUGUGUUUCGCUGGACUGGAGGAGCAAAGGAAGUCUCCUUGGCAGGAUCCUUUAAUAACUGGAGCUCCAAGAUUCCCCUCACCCGAAGUCAGAACAACUUCGUAGCCAUUUUGGACCUGCCAGAGGGAGAGCAUCAAUACAAAUUCUAUGUGGAUGGACAGUGGACACAUGAUCCUUCUGAGCCUUUCACCACCAAUCACUUGGGGACAGUGAACAAUGUGAUCCAGGUGAAGAAGACCGACUUUGAGGUGUUUGAUGCCCUGCUGGUGGAUUCUCAGAAGUGCUCAGAUAUAUCAGACCUGUCCAGCUCCCCUCCUGGGCCCUACCAGCAGGAUGCUUAUGUCUGUAAACUGGAGGAGCGCUUCAAGUCGCCACCCAUCCUACCUCCACACCUCCUUCAAGUCAUCCUCAACAAGGACACAGGGAUUUCAUGUGACCCAGCGUUACUGCCAGAGCCCAAUCACGUGAUGCUGAACCAUUUGUAUGCGCUGUCAAUCAAGGAUGGUGUGAUGGUUCUCAGUGCUACUCACCGCUACAAGAAGAAAUACGUGACCACGCUGCUGUACAAGCCCAUCUGAACAAAUAAAGUGGCCUUUGUGAGAGACUUCACGCCACUGCUACAAAGGGACAUGCCUAAUUUGACACGUGGACUACUUUUUUCCUUUCUAGGCCAGAAUGAGGCCUUUUGGAAGCAAUCAUUUGUGAAAGAUGAAUUAAGCUUCUACUACUGCAAUUCAAUUUAAAUUGAAAUUUAUGCUUUCCAAAUCUUUUGGAAGAAGUGUGACAGAAGACAAGGUUGAAUUUCACUCCCCUUGUAAAGGACAGACGAUUCCGCAUAUUUGAAGGUAAUUAUGCUUAUUCAGAAACAUCAGCUAUUUAUAGAGUCUACCAAAUCUGAAAUCCUAAUGGACUAAGUUUCUGCAUUUCAUCAGAUAAAAAUCUUCUGUGUCGUGAAAUCCUUGUUCAGAAGGAGACCAGCACUAAACGGACACUGGCAUUACAUCAAUUACCUGUUUAAUGACAAAGUUGACUGUUCUCUGUAUAGUUUUUAAUUCCUUCUCUGUAAGCCUACCCUUUAACUCACUGGUCUUCACUCAAUUUCUAGUGUUAUCCAAGUGUGUAUACCUAUGGAAAAACAUAGGCUUAUGAGCGUUUGUACUCUUAGGGUGCAUAUGUUGAAUUGCAGAAAAUGUAUGGCAAAGCGAACGUUCAGUCUUUAGAAAACAAGGGUGUGUUUCAAUUAUGGCCAAGUCCUGCACCACACGGUUACACUGUUGGCAUGGCAGACGUCAAGCCCCAAGAUCUCCACAGAAGGAUGUCUUGAAGAGAAGCCAAUCAAAUUCACAGGUAUGUUGUUAGGGCCAGUGAUUGUCAAUACUGUCAAAUACGCACCUUGCACUAGUAAUCCGGAAUAUGUUUAAAUUUACAAAUUAACAGUGGCCAGUGCUUUCUGAGGAGUUGCUUUGCACCAACUUGGUGCAUGGGGAUUUUUUUUUAUUAAUAUAUUUUUUUUUUUACCUGAUGUCUUUGUAUAACUUUAGAGGAAAAACAAUUGCAAAGAAAAAUGUUUAAAUUAAAUGUGCAGUUGAAAUGCU